AUGGAGCAGUUGCUUGGCAUGGACAUGGGUGUUGAUGCGGACAGGGACGUGGGGAUUCUCGCUGCCCCCCGUCAUGCCAUACCCACCCAACCUCCAGCAAUACUUCUCACCCGUUCCCGGCAACAUCUUCCCGAGUGUCUUGGGGAUGCCCCAGCCGAUGCCCGGUCCUGGACCGAGAUGCCUCGUUAUCAUCGGCUCCACCGAGGUCACUCGACCCACCAACACCUAUUCGUGUUAACUUUGACCAGCGGCCCUCCGUCCGAGGUGGUGGGAAGGCAGCUGUGCGUGACCCGGGAGAUGGUGAACGACGCCUUCACCCGAGCCAUCGGCCAGGCCGGGACCAGGUCGAUCGUCUACAACGCGAGCGACUCCAUCAGCAUCGAUGCCGUCGGGAGUCUGGGGGAGGCGAUCCACGCCACUGCUCAAGCGCUUGCUCGCAAGCUGGGACUGUCCCGGACGCAGGCGGCGAAGGACCUCGCGCUGAUCCCGACCGAGGAGACUGAAAUCGGGCGUGUGUGCCCGGUGCACUUCCGGGACGGUCCGCCCCAGCCGCCCUGCCCCGUGUCGAAGUACAGGUCUUACGACGGGUGGUGCAACAACCUGCAGCAUCCGGGCUGGGGGGCCAGCCUCACGAUCAUCAAGCGCUUCGUCACGGCUUUCUACAAAGACGGGUUGGGCAUCCCGCUGAGUUCGGCGCAGGGCAACCCCCUCCCCAACCCGCGUGAGGUUUCGUGGUUCCUCCAUCAAGAUCCGAGGAAGCACGAACGCUUCCUCACCACCAUGUUCGUCGCGUGGGGUCAGUACAUAGAUCACGACAUCGUCAAUGCCAUCGUGGUCCAAGACGCGAGUCGGAAGGACCGCAGCAUGAAGUGCUGCCCCGACCCAUCGACACCUCAGAAGAAGAAUCAUCCGGAUUGCUGGAACAUCGACAUCGACCGCAGGGAUCCUUUCUAUUCCAAAUUCGGGGAAACUUGUAUGAACUUCGUGAGGUCGCGACCCGGCGUUACAUUCGGUUGUCGUCUCGGGCCAAGAGAGCAGAUAAACGAGGUGACAUCGUACGUGGACGGGUCUCAGGUGUAUGGACCGACGCGGAGUAAGGCCAAUUCCUUGCGGUCCUUCAAAAGGGGACAGCUCAAGGUCGACUCCGGAAUCCUCGGGGCCACUUGGAAACCCUUGUUGCCGUUACGGCACGAAAACCCCGACGUCGGCUGCUCCCGAUCUAACGAUAACUCCUUCUGCUUCGAUGCAGGUGAUGGUCGGGCGAAUCAACAGACGCUCCUGAUGGUGAUGCACACGCUCUUCCUCCGUUACCAUAACGACCUGGCCGUGAAGCUCUCGUACGUGAAUCCCCACUGGGACGACGAGAGACUGUUCCAGGAAGCGCGACGGAUCGUGAUCGCGACCAUCCAGCACGUGACGUACAACGAAUUCCUGCCGACGCUGCUGGGGAAGAAGGUGAUGGACACGUACGGGCUGACGCUGGAGCCGCGCGGUUACUGGCGCGGUUACGACCCGUCGUGGGAGGCCGUGGUGUGGUCCGAGUUCGCGACGGCUGCCUUCAGGGUCGGCCACACGUUCGUCCCCUCGGAGAUUCACACUUACUCCUACAAUCACCGCUUCGUGGAGAAAUGGCAGCUGCGCGACCUGUUCAACAAGCCGUGGGAGAUGCACAAGGGGGGACGCCUGGACAACUUCGCCCUGGGGAUGGCGAAUCAGCCGGCCGACGCCUACGAUUCGGGUGUCAACGUGGAUCUGGGGAACUACCUCUUCCAGGCGGCCGGCAAGAAUUUCGGACACGACUUGGCUGCUCGGAACAUCCACAGGGGAAGGGAUCACGGGCUCCGGGGUUACGUCUACUACCGUCGGCUCUGCGGGUUGAGUCCCGUUGCGGACUUCGCCGAUCUCUACCCCAUCAUGCAGGAUAACCAGACCGCCUACAGAUUCUCGCAGCUAUAUAAGGACGUGCGUCACAUCGACCUGUGGUCGGGAAUAGUCAGCGAAAAGGCGAUCGAGGGCGCGGCUGUGGGACCGACCAUCGCCUGCCUCAUUGGCAACCAAUUCAAGGACCUCCGAUGGGGAGAUCGUUUCUGGUACGAGAAUCCCGGCUGGCCUUCGUCCUUCUCUCUCCCCCAACUGGACGAGAUUAGGAAAGUGAGCCUGGCGGGCUUGGUCUGUGAACAGGGCGACCAUAUCGCUGCUAUUCAACGCUUUCCCAUGCAGCUACCAAACUACGAGUGGAACCGGCGAGUGAGUUGUACCACGGCCGAAAUACCUCGAAUGGAUUUGAGGAAAUGGAAGGAAGUGCCCAGGUAUCCUGUGGUUCAUCCGCCCGGUUUUCUACCUCCGCCUGGAUACGUGUGAGACGGAAGUCUGGCUGCCUCCGUUUUAUUCUCCGGUUUUAUUUAUUUUCUGCAGAUGUUCUUGUUCGGUCGUGCCAUAUUUUGUUGCAAAUUUUACGAGAUUUUAUUGAUGCUGGCAUGAUAAAGAGAUUUUCACACUUUACA